CGAGCCGCUUUGGCUUUCGCUCACCGGUCCCGCCGAGGCAGGUGAGCGCCUGGGCUCACGGGGCCGGGGGCGCGAGGUUUGAGGCUGAGACUUUGGGCUGGGCUCCCGGCUUCUCUGGCUUGGUUUCUCCGACUCUGAGAAUCCGUCCCGAGCGGUUGAAUUCCCAGGAGCUAGCUAUGUUGUCAGAAGUCCUGCUGGUGUCUGCUCCAGGGAAAGUCAUUCUUCAUGGAGAGCAUGCUGUGGUCCAUGGCAAGGUAGCGCUGGCGGUGGCCUUGGACUUAAGAACAUUCCUCCGGCUUCAGCCCCACAGCAAUGGGAAAGUGUGCCUUGACCUACCGAACAUUGGCAUCAAGCGGGCCUGGGAUGUGGCCAGGCUUCAGCUACAGGACACGAGCUUUCUGGAGCAAGGUGACGCCUCGGCACCCACCGUGGAGCUAGUGGAGAAGCUGAAGGAGGUGGCAGCCUUCCCCAAGGACUGUGCCGACCCCGAGCGUGCGGCCGUGCUGGCCUUCCUAUACUUGUACCUGUGCAUCUGCCGGAAGCAGAGGACCCUGCCCAGCCUGGACAUCAGGGUGUGGUCCGAGCUGCCCACUGGGGCCGGCCUGGGCUCCAGUGCCGCCUACUCCGUGUGUGUGGCCUCCGCUCUCCUGACCACGUGCGAGGAGAUCCCAAACCCGCUGAAGGACGGCGAGCCUGCCAGCAGGUGGACAGUGGAGGACUUGGAAUUAAUUAACAAGUGGGCCUUCCAGGGGGAGAGAGUGAUUCACGGGAACCCCUCCGGAGUAGACAACGCUGUCAGUGUUUGGGGGGGAGCACUCCGAUACCAGCAAGGAAAGAUUUCGCUCCUAAAGAGGCUGCCGGCUCUGAGGAUCCUGCUGACCAACACCAAGGUCCCUCGCAGCACCAAGGCUCUCGUGGCCAGCGUCAGGAGCAGGCUGCUUAAGUUCCCAGAGAUCGUGGCGCCCGUGCUGACCUCCAUAGAUGCUAUCUCCCUGGAGUGCGAGCGGAUGCUGGGGGAGAUGGUGGCUGCCCCCGCCCCGGAGCACUACCUGGUGCUGGAAGAGCUCAUCGACAUGAACCAGCACCAUCUGAACGCCCUCGGCGUGGGCCAUGCCUCCCUGGACCAGCUGUGCCAGGUGACCAUGGCCCAUGGACUGCACAGCAAGCUCACUGGCGCGGGCGGUGGUGGCUGUGGCAUUACACUCCUCAGGCCAGAUCUGGAGCAGUCGGUGGUCGAGGCCGUGAAGCAGGCCCUGAGCAGCUGCGGCUUUGACUGCUGGGAAACCAGCAUCGGUGCCCCUGGCAUCUCUGUCACUCGGCCACCUCCCUGGACGCCCCCGUGCGGCAAGGCCUGGAUGGCCUCUGAGAGGAGCCUGUGCCGCUGCAGCCCCACCGCGAAGCCCCUUCCUGGAUUAUUCUGGGUGCCGGAGCCGGCCUCUGUGCUGGCCGGUGGGCCCCAGUCCCAGCGGCGCGACCUGGAACCUGCAGCGGACUGGGCCACCCAGAAGACACGGUCUGCGUCCUGCAUCCCCUUGAGCUGCCCAGGCGGUGGGGCCACGUGGGGGGCUUCCCUCCUGUCCUCCCUGCAGCUCCCACACACCCAUCCGCUUUGGGCCUCUGCCUUCUCCCCAGACCCCCUGCCCACUUGGUUGGACGCUCAGAUGCGGGAGUGUGGUUCCUGAAGCAGUGCGCUUUCCCCCUCCCUCCCUCUUCCUCUGCACUUCCACCUGUCUCUCAGGGCCCCGCUCCUCCCACCUCCUCCGGGAAGCCUUCCCUGACCCCUGGCAGGGUGACCCUCACCCCCACCUUCCUCCCCUCGCACCUCCAGUCUGUUUGAACCACUCGGCACUUUGUGUGGCCUGCUCUUCUCUCCAGCUAGACUGUGGGCUCCCAAGGGGGUGUCCAGGUGGUGGCCUUCACCUUGUGACCUCCCAUCACAGGACUGGCAGAGGGGAAAUAAAAAGCUCUUGAGUAAACCAGUGCUUUACUCAGAGUCCAGAAAGAAGGAGGAUACAAUCUUGUACAGUCUGCAGCCCGCCCAUGCCUGCCUCCUCUGUCCCUGUCCCUUCUCCAGCCACUUGCCCCGUGGAGCUCUUAAGGUGAAGGAAAGAAGGGCUUUGGGUCACUUGGUUGUGUGUCUCGGGGACAGGGUGGGGUUUUCCUAGAUGGCCCCGGUCGUUCAGAACAACCUACCUGCUUUUCCAGAAGGGGGAUUUUAAGCUUCCUAGCACCUGGAGUCAUGAGCAGUCACAAAUUCACAGAUUUUUGUUAGCCCUGGAAACAAAAACCAACCUGUAAGUCCUGGAAUCUAACUUUUUUCUAAAGUUCACUGGGUGGGGAAAAAAGACCUGAGGGGUUUGUAGCCUAGUACCUGGCACCUGCCUGGCCCUAUUUGAACUUUAUAUUACCAGUCAGAUAUCCUUCUGAAAUGGCAGAAUCCAUCGAAAAGCUCUUGUAGCUAGCACAUUGCCAAGUAUAGCUCCAGCAGCCGGGGACCUGCAGGGAGCACGCAGAAGGUGGGGGCUGGGCAGGGAUUUCACGACUUGGGCAAAAUGGCCCUGCGCUUCUGCCCUUGGCCACUAGGGGGCAGCGGGUGCCUUUCCCAGGGUGUUCACGGGGAGGGUGAGUGGGAGCUGGCCUGUAGAGCAGGUCUGAGCUCUGCCCUUCCCCUCCCCCCACCAUGCCAGGCCUCUCGGGCUGUGCCAGGGGUCACUGCCAGGCACGUGAGGGCAAUAUGAAGGAUGCCUGCCUCGGCAUCACUGAUCGGAGUUACCAGUGUCUCUUCAAAACACAAAUAAUGCAUAAGUCAGUAAUACUAAUCCUGAGCACUGACCAUGUGCCAGGCACUGUUCUAAACACUAUGGACAUCACCUCUUUUAAUCUGCCCCAGUCUUGGAGAAUAACUGCUGGUCUCAGCCCCAUCUGACAGAUCGGGAAACUGAAGCUCAGAGAGGUUGAGUAACUCAGCCAAGGCCACACAGCUAGUCCGCACGCAUCAGAGGCAGGCUUCCCACUCAGACGACCUGCCUGUAGUGCCUGCCUUCAGCCCCUGCGUGCUACUGUGUGGACCCAGGUUCGUUGCAAUUCUUGCUGCUUUCCAUGCUUGGGCUCAUUAUUUCCUCUGGAUUCUGAUGUACUUAGAGCAGAGCCAGGGCCUGCGUGUUUCGAAAGUUCCCCACACCAUUUGAAUAAGCAGCCAGGGCUGAAAGGUGCUUUCUCGGGGAUACUGGUUGUCAGCAUUUCCACACUGCAGGAGGCCAGCCUGGGAACUCCCCGGGGCGCUCAGAGAUGCCCAUGGUGGGUGUCCAGAAGCUGAGGCCCCCGGAACCUACCUGCUUCCUUGAGACCCUCCCUCCUCCUCCCUCCCUGGGGACAAUGUGUCAUUCCUGGAGCAGAAGGCAGCCCGUUGCUCAUGACUCAGUGAAGCAGCCACCUGCAUGCCUUGGCCAGCACAGCCUCACCCCAGCCACCACCAUAAGCCACCCUAAGGGCCUAGUGGCACCCAUUCCUGGCCACCGGUCUUUUCUAUUACGUGUGUGGACAGUUUGCACUCGCUGGGACCAUCACCCCAUCACCCUCGUCCUCACCUGCAGAAGUAGAUCUCGCUCCCAGCUGCACCUCAGCCUCUCUACCCCACCCCCACCCCUGGCAUGCCCACCUCCUCCCCAGUGUUCUGAUUUAACUAAUCUCCACAGUCUUGGGUGUUUUGCAAAAGCCCCCAGGUGAUUCUUCUAAUGCGGGGCCAAGGCUGAGGACACUGAACUAGUGACCCCAAAGGUCGAUUAAGCACACCAUGUUGGUGCUUGACAGCUCAGCUCUGCCUGGGUUUCUGUUCACCUCUACCGCCCAUCGGCUGCGUGGCCUCAGGCAAGCCAGGCCACCUCUGGAGGCCACAGUCUCCGCAUCUGGAAGGGGGAAAUAAUAGUAAUACCCACGUGAUAAGUCUCACGAAGACCGAGUGAGAAAGUGCACGUCACUUCCUUGGUACCGUGCCUGGCACAUAGUAGGUGCUUGUGAAUUCCCGUUGUUACCACUGUCCUGUGCCAAAAAAUGGAGUGUCUCUCAGAGAGAGCCCAGACAUUUCAGAAUGGUGCCCAGAGUCCGGUAGAAGGGCCCAGCCCAGUGUGUCCAAACCGCCUGGAUUGAGACCCCGGGGGUCGCUGCUGGAGAAACCCGGCCCACGCCCGCUGGCUUUCCAGCCUCCCUGCCGGCCCCCUCCCGGGAGAGGUGGUCACCUAAACACCACCUCCCUCUUUGCCAGCAGCUUCUCAAGUCAGCAUUUGGAGCCGCUCCCAGCCUCUGCAGCCUACCGUGGAGUUAACACCCACCCAUACGGCCUGAAGUUCACAAUUCCCUGGGUCUGGCAGAGGUCUCACGUUGGGAGACAGGCAGCAAAUAUUGUGACUCACGGCAGACAGAGUAGCUGCUGUGGUCUGCGCCUAUGCUCUCUGUUGGGGAGGAUUUUCUCCUGGUGGACGGCUAGAAGCCUGUCGAGUUAGGGGAGCUGGCUGUGGGUCGGCACACAGUCGGGCCCCCGCUGGCCAUCCCAGGGUGCUUGGGCCAGCCCCUUUGCCUCUCCAGGGCUCCGUUUUUCUUUCAGCUCCCUGGCAAGAGCUUUUGAUAAGGCGCCUAGCUUGGGGUACAGCACCGAGCAGGCACCCCCUUCCCCAGCCCUUGCUGGCUUUCAGCUGGUCGGGUCCAGCCCCUUGGCUGUCUCUUAGCACCCUACUGUGUGCCAGGCCCAGUCACUGUCUUAGAUGAGGAAACGGAGGCCCAGAGGGGUAAAGCAACAUGCCUACAGUAUGUUUGUACCCUAAUUCCCAGGCCACAGUCACAUUUCCUCCUAAUUGUCCCCCAAAUGUCCAGGAUCCUGUCCAGGACCACACAUCUGGCUGUUAUGGCCCUAAAUUCUCACCCCCCCUUUUUUUUCUCUCCAUAACACGGUUUACUCGAGGCCUGGCCGGCUAUCCUGCAGAACAUCCCAUCGUCUGCAUUGUCCAUCAGAGUCCAGCCCCUCCCGGUGGCUUCGUCAGCUCCUGAAUUGCUAACAGCCGGCCUUCCUGAGCACCUGCUAUACGCCCAGCGUGGUGCCUGGUGCUGUUUGCCUUAUCCCUGUGAACCCGCUUGGGUCAGUGAGAUAAAGAUGCUGAGGCUCAGCGAGAUGAGGUGAUGUGCCCGAGGCCAGCCAGCUGGUGAGUGGGACUGAAGCCCAGACCCUUUGACCCCAAAGCCACUUUCUCUCCCUCUACCCUGGGCAAUCUCACAGGAUCUCACAAGCAAGCGACUCUCUGGCCCGGGUCUAAAUGGCUGGGCCAACAUUGCUUCCCAGAGCAUGCUUCUUGGUCAAGGAACCCAGGGGACGUACCACCUGGCACUGGGGUCCCAGGGGUGAACGAGACCCAUCCUUGCCCUCCAGGGCUCACAGGGAAGAGCCAGAUAAGCAAACUGACAAUGACCGUAAAGAUCAACAGGUUCUGAGUUACCCUGGGAGCCCAGGAAGGGGUGGGACACAUCCCAGCUGGUGUGUGGGGAUGGGAUCAGGGGAGGCUUCCUGGAGGAGGAGAUGCCUGGGCAGAAUUUUGGCUGAGUUGGGAGGUGAAGGAGGGCGUUCCAGGCAGCAAAGGCACUGAGGCGAGCAGUGCUGGACCAUGUGCAGAGAAGCCCCAGGUGGUUUGGUGUUCAGAUGGUGCCCGGAGCCAACAUGAGGCAAGGUUAUCCUGAGAGCCCUGGGGAGCCAGGGUGGGAAGUGGGCACCCGAGGGCAGGUCACAGCUGUGCUUUGGAACGUCCCCCAGCUGUGGCAUGAUGAAUGGAUGGAGAAGGGCAGUGGGAAGUGAGGGACGGCAGCGUCUAGAAGGUAGCAGUGGCAUUAGGGACGGAUGGAGAGGUGGUGACCGAUGGGAAGAUAAGCAGGGUGCCUGGAGGGACCUUCUGAUUUGGGGGUCCGAUUUGUCUCCUCUGUUCAGGGAGCAGAUACGCUCCUUUUUUUUACCAGUCUCCUGCCUCUGCUGACUCCCUAGUGGGCCUGGGUGUCUUUUAUGCCUUUUUUCUAUUAGUGCCCUAGGGCUGCCAUAACAAAGUGCCACAGACUGGGAGGCUGGAAACAACACAAAUACUUUCUCGCACGGUUCCGGAGGCUGGAAGUCUGAAAGCAGGGUGUCAGCAGGGCCACGCUCCUUCCACGACUCUGAGUGGAAUCCUUCCUUGCCUCUUCCGGCUCUGGAAGUGGCCGGCAAUCCUGGGCAUCCCCCGGCUCACAGCUACAUCCCUCCACUCUCUGCGUCUGUGGCCACACAGCGGCUUCUCCCCAUGUCUCCGUCUCACGUGACUUUUCCCCUUCUCAUAAGAACACCAGUCACACGGGAUCAGGGCCCACGCUGAUGACCUGAUCUUACCUCGAUGACAUCUGCUGUGACCAAAUAAGGUCACAUUCACGGGUACCAGGGGUCAGGGCUUCGCCGCGUCUUUUGGUGAGGGACACAACGGAACGCCUAACACUCUGAAGGGCAGGCAUUUUCCCGGUUCACGUCUGCAGCUCCCAGCCCUCGCCCAGAGCCCGGUGCGUGUCAGCACUCAGAGCGGGAGGUCACGGGACGAACAAUGAGCCGAUGGAGUCAAGGCGUCCAGCGUCUCCUCCGUGCUGACCCCCACUCCUCUGACAACGCAGCAGCCCCAGCCCAGCCGGCAUCUGGGCCACACAGGUCUCCAAGGCCGCCUUUCCCGUGGGUUGUUCUCUGGAAGAAGUGGUGUUGAUGUCAGCAGAUGCCUGUCACUUUCCUUCCCCAGCAAAAUCUGAACUGUCAGAGUAAGUGAAAUAGUCAUUGCCUAUCCCCGCGUUUGAGAUUUUAUUGACAGUUUCAUUGUCACCCAAAAAAACCUCCUUUUCUCCGUUGGCAUUUUUAUCAGGUGAUUCUGGGGGCAGGAAGGGGAUGAAGGGCUGGCUCCUGAAAACGGGUUUUGGCAGGUGGUGGGGGCUGGUUCCCCGGCCUGGGGGCAGCGCGGGCAGAAGACCCCCACGGUGGGCUCCACCGUGCCUCGACUCCCGCCAAAAACUGCUGGGUACCCCGUCCAGGGGGCAGGAGGGAAGUGAGAGAUUGGGGGGCCCCUGGAAAAAGCCACGGUGGCCGAAAGGGGCUGCCCAGUUUGGUGGGUCUUUAGACCCCUCUCCUGCCUUCCCCAGUGGGCACUGGGGAGGCAUCCAGGGGCUGGGGUGAGAGCAUUCAGAAUCAGACCACGCGGGUGCAGUUCUCAGCUCAGCGAUAUGUACUUUAGGGCAAGUACUUUGCCCCACCGAUCCUCAGUGACCCCAUCUGUUAAAUGGGGUAGUAGCAGGUAAAUUCCAUUGGCUGAGGCUUCUUUGGACUGAGUACCCAUUACCUGGUUUGGUCCUCACUAGAAUCCAGACAGCCGGAUGCCCUCAGGAUCUUCACUUCAAUGGUGCAGAGAGGCAAGGUGGCCCGGCCAAGGCCGGCCACCCCAGCCGGGAGGUGGCGAGAGUGGUUUGAACCCAGAAUGUGAGCCUCCCAGCUCACCCGUGACUCCGCCUCGUAGGAUUUGUGGCAGAGUGCAGGCAGUAAAGUGACACCGCGCUGGCACCCAGGAAAAAGCUGUCUGCUGUUCUGAUCGUCAUUGUUGUCAUUGUUGUCAUUGUUGUCGAAUGGGCCCCUCGGCAGCCACCCUGUCCCUGGGGCUCGUGGGUGGGUGUCGGCCCAGGGGAUGUGGAACGAGCUCAGGGGUUGCACGGGGACUGGGGACCCAGCCAGGAGUUCCACCCCACUCCAUGCCAUGACCCCCUCUGCGUCCCCCUUCCCCGGCCCCCAGCAGUGCUGCAGGUGGGACGGUCGGUUACCAAGCGGGCAAGGGCAGCUGGCUAGGGUGGCAACCCCAGGCCUUGCAAAGCUGCUUCACCACAUCCAAGCUGCGCAGAUGGGAAACGAGGCCCGGAGAGCCGCCCCUGCCUGGGGCUGCCCAGCCAGGCAGGUGACUACAGCAAUGAAGUUAAAACAACGGAUUCUCAAGUCAACUGGAUCUGAGUUUGAGUUCUGCUGCGCCCACUGUGCCUGGGACGAGUCUCACUGAGGCGCAGCUUCCUCCUCUGUCCAGUGAGGAAAUAGAAGUGCCCCUCCCAGAGGGGGGCAAGACCUCAAUGAUGCUGCACAGAAAUUAGCACA